GUUGACGCAGGUCUAACGUCGUCGGCGACGUCACCGCGGCGGCUGGCCGUUGUUCUGUUCACGAGGGAUAACAAUAACAUUAAGGAAGGAGAGAAGAAGAAUUUGCCAACCACCAUAAAUAAAAGAAGAAGAAGAGUGAAGAAGAGGAGCUGGGUCGGUCCUUCUAUCGAGGAGAAUGCGCUCCCUCGUCGGGCUAGCCGCUGUUGUGACCGCAGCCAGCCUGUACCUGUACUGUCUGUCUCUGUACCUCCCAGCGGGACCACGGAGACGUCCUCAGCCGGGUCCAGAGGCUGGAGAUGUGGAAGGCAGAGAGUCCGAGCAGAGCAGUGUCACCUCCGACGGAUUCGGCAGGUUGAAGUUCCCAUCAGACCUGGAAGAGCUGCGAGAACUGGCUGAGCUCCUGCAGUUCUACAAAACGGAGCACACUGGAUAUGUCCUGCUCCUGUUCUGUAGCGCAUAUCUCUACAAGCAGUCCUUUGCUAUCCCUGGAUCGUCUUUCCUGAACAUUCUUGCAGGAGCUAUCUUUGGACCGUAUGAAGGGCUGCUUCUCGCCUGUGUGCUCACCACUGUGGGCUCCACCAUGUGCUUCCUGCUGUCCCAAUCCUUCGGAAAACGUUACAUCGUGAAUUUCUUCCCAGAUAAAGUUUCCAUGUUGCAGAAAAAGGUGGAAGAUAAUCGAGACUGUUUGUUCUUCUUCCUGCUCUUCCUGAGGUUUUUUCCCAUGACUCCCAACUGGUUCCUGAACAUGUCUGCCCCAAUAGUCAACAUCCCUAUCACAUUCUUCUUCUGCUCAGUAUUUAUUGGCCUGCUGCCCUACAACUUCAUCUGCGUGCAGACUGGUGUCAUGCUGUCUGAGGUGUCAUCGCUGGACGACCUGUUUUCCUGGGAGCGCCUCCUACAGCUGCUGGCCAUCGCCUGCGUGGCUCUGGUGCCCAGCGCCCUCAUCCGACGCUUCAGCCAGAAGCGUCUCAAACUGGGCGUACAACCCCAGAAUGGAGUGGACACGGAUAGGAAGAGUCAAUGACCCUCUAAGUGUUUUUAAUCCACUGAGUUUUCUGAUGCCUUCUGCUCUCCAGAGCAAACCUGUUCAGGGUGGCUGCUGUUCAGAAAAAACUUUGACAGUUGAUUUAUGUUAUUAUCUUACAUUUUCUCCUGUUCAGGAGUGCUUUGCCCCUUCAGGCGUUUGGAAUUACUGCUCUUGUGAAAACUACAAAUGUAUUAGAUGGGUUUCUUUUCUGGUGUUUUGUGGAUACAGUGCUUUGGUAAAAUGUGAAUUUUAUAGUAAUAAUGAGGAGAGAAAGCCUUUAAACAAAUGUCUUCAGACUGUUUGUUUAAACUUUGUAUCCAAAGUGCCUCUUGUGCAGUUCUGGCCUUAAAAUUCUACCUCCAUGGACUCUGUGACCCGCUGAAGGCCUGCCCUGCUUUAUGGUUCUGAUAACUGUCUGAUGAGUUUAUAGAUGUGCUGUUAAUAACUGAAAAUUCAACUGAUUUUAAAGCUACUAUUAGAAAAAAACAUUGAAACACAGCAGGCCUUAAAUGAGCAGAAAAUAGAUCAGAACUAUGAGGCCAAAUGUUGAACUCUGACCAUUGUGGGUGCUCGGGAACGAUCCCAUUUCAUGAAGGAUUUGUUCUGUUUUUGAAAAAAUCUGCACGAUUCCCCACCACAUACAGGGAUUGCGAGUUCUCCUUAUAGUCAUGAACACUGAUUUUAAUGUUCAGGACAUGCAUUAUCAGCCCAGUAUUUCAAAAUCUAAAAUGUUAUUUUUAGAGUUUUUAAAGCUAAGGUACCUUCUGUUUAUUGCCUCUUUAUAAUCACGUGUGCAAGCUGUUUACUCUGGGUACAGGUAUGUUUUCUGUAAUGUUUUGGAAGGAAGUGUUGGCAUCUGCCUUUUUUAUCAUUGAGAUGAACAUGGUUUUUAAUGUCAUGAAAUGUUCAUAUUUACCAAGACAUCUUGUGUUAAUCUGACAACACCUGUCACAUUUCUGAGAUCUCUUUUUACAAUUUUGUUUUUUGUUAACAAUUAACUGUUAACUAACUAGGAGAGAAAAAAAGAUUACACCCAAUCAGCUUGUAAGCAAAGGAAUGUCACUUGAGGUCAUUUUUAUUUUGGUUUCUACAAAAUUAUAGCUGUAACAGCUUGUAAUGUCUGUAUCAACUGUUAUAAGAAUGAAUGUCAAUUAUUCUUAUUUUUAAAGCUUAACAGUAUAAAUGACCUUUUAAUUAUUGUAUUUAAAAUGGAUAAGAAAAGAGAACUAAUAUCUAAGAUCCAGGUUUUAGGUUCAGGUAAAAAGCUACCUGCCCUAAACCUUCUCUUUUGUACUUUCAGAGGAAAUUAAACAAAAAAAAACAACAACUUUAGAACAAUAGACCCUGAACAGUGACCAAGAUGAAAUAAUCUGACCUUAAAGUGUUGCAUAGUUGUAGAACCAAACUAAAAUUAGACCCAAGAAGGACCUUUCAUACCGUAACAAACAAAAUCGUGUUUCUAAUGUCUGCAGAGACUAACUGGAUGCUUUGCUCCGAUGACGCUAAUUAUAUUAAGCUGUUUGGCAACAAACACUAUAGAUGUGAACAAGGGAUGAAUACAUGGAAAAUGACUCCUGUCCGGCAUUCAAUAGAGUGGAUGGCGAUCAUGUGAGCUUAUUUCUUUUAUAAAGGUCCUCAAGAUCUCAUUUUGUGGAUAUCAUCACACUGCCUUUAAAAUGUCAGGACCUUUUAAAUGAAAACUCAUACCAUUAGGGCCAAAUCCACAUAGAAUCGUUGGAUGUCCCAGCCUUGCUAAAUGCUAUAGGAAAAGAAAACAUGCCGUCUUUUUGGUAACAGAAAAGCCCUUGUGAGGUAGACUAAAGAUACACAAGUAUUUUUUUUUUUCUAAAAGUAUAUUUACUAGGAUGUCGAGAAAUGUAACAGAAGCUGUUUGUGUAAAGAUAAUUUGGAGGGAAUAAUUGAUUUGGAAUAUUUAUUAUUUAAAUUCCUUGCAGUAUUGUGUAAUGAGGGUUUCUCCUGUAGGGGGAGCUGCUUUAAUAUGAGGACUUUUUCUUUUUUACAAUGAGUGAUUUAUUUUCUUUCCUGUGUAAGUGUUCAACAUAAUAAAAACAAAAACAAG